AUGUACCGCUGGAUUCCUUCUCCUCCAACUUCAACAUCCAGCAGUUCUGCAUCUUCACAUUCAGACACCUUUCGAACUGACGGCUUUGAUGGCAUCUCUGUCGUCAGUGAUAAUUCGUCUCAGGGUGGUCUCGAUAACUUGUCAAUCAGCUCUGUAGAUUCACUACCGGGAAGUGGCAUUCAAACCCCACGCCCUAAUUCCCGGCGUCCGGAAUUGCAAUACACUCCACUUCCUAUCCCGAUCGUAGCUUUCAACCCGUCCAUUCCUUCCCAUUGCAGCAACCCCAACCAUUUCUUCAGGAUUGAUACAGGGGUCGGUUAUGGCUUUGCACCAAUCACACACUUCAAUGGUCCAGAGCCACCGGAUGUCUACAUCCUUCAGUCGCCGCCUGACGAAACGAAUAGGGUGAUCUCAUAUAUGCCUACUGGCGGUCUUGCUACUACUGGUUCAGUAUUGAAUGACAUAACUGGCGCGCUUUCAACUAGAAUACGUGAACAUCAAAGCGCAUGGGACACUGCUCAAUCACUAGAGGAACAAUGUAAUCCGAACUGGUCGUUUCUAGAUAGGAAUGACUUGAUGUCUACAAUUGUCUCCUUGUGCAACUUUCAACUCAACACUAUGGUCCGCGGACUGCCCCCAGAACCUUUGGCCCUGGGAACUGAUGACUCCUCAAGAUAUCUUUGGAACAUCAACCAUAUCGUGACAGAUAUCAAAAGACACAGCAGCCGUUCUGGUCCAUAUUUCAAAGUUGUGUGCUGUUUCAAUGAUAGGCAAGACAUGAGCUUGAAGCUUCCAUUAAUUGCUGAUCACCAAAUCACAAGCUUAGAGGAGAAGCAGCGACAGUGGUGUAGUGUGCGCAAUCCCUUCAGUAAGCCCCCUCCUCACAGUAGUGAGCUUGGCAGUUUUGUGACCCUCCCCGUCACCCCUCGUAGCCGACCCGAUCGCAAAGCGGGGCCACGGUAUAUGGCAAGUCACUCCAUCUCCGGACUUGCUCCACCCCCGGUCGGAAGCCCAGGCACCACAUCCAGUCGUAUUCUACCAUCACAACAAGCCGGCUCUUCCAGCUUGCCGGCCCCAUCUAUGACCAUGUCUCUGGAUGAAGGAAUGAGGAGAGUGAUAGAGCAGAAGAAUUCCACGCUUCGGCGAUACAAGGUACCAACAUGGUUCAGUGGUGAUGCUCAACAAACAAUGUCCGGUACACAGCUUUCAGAUUAUCUCUUUUCACAGGCUCAAAAAAUCAUCAGAGAUGAAUAUAAAAAGAUGGAUGAGUGGAGGCGGUAUGAGACUCAGCUCAAUCAGCAAGCGGGCCGAACAACUUAUGAACAUCUUCAUCGAGAAGAACUUGGAUAUGCAAUUCAUCAGAGUAUUCAACGGAUACUCAUCACAUUCCUCCAACCCGGUCCUACAGGGGACCGUGGAAGUCAACUUACCUUCCCGCUGAGAUCAGCCUGGGUGAACAUCAAGCGGCAGGCACAGGCGCAUGACCAAGGGAUUUCUUCACCCCGCUUUGUACUGAAGGUGACCCUCAAGCCAGGAUAUACACUGGCCCGGGAGGUGGCUGAUGAUAGGACAAAGAUGAGCACCCAGUGA